AUGGGCAGGCUGCGCAACCGCGCGGUGGAGCUCAUCGCCAAGCAUGCGGGGUCGUACGCGUUAGAGGCCCAGAAGACCAAGUGGGUGGUGGAGCUGGUGACGAAGGUCGUGCUGGAGGGCAAGACGGACGCGGACGACCGGGAGGCUCAGAUCGCCUUGCUGCAGGCAGAGGUGGCCGCUCUGCAGGAGGGCGGCCGGAGCGCUGCCGCAGCGGCCGCUGAGGAGGCCAGGCUGCUUCGGCAGCAGCUUCAGGAGGUGGAGGCGGCGCUUUAUAACACAGGGUUUACGCUGCACACGCUGCAGCGCGAGCAUGGAGAGAUGGCCCAGGCGCUCGCGGCGGCUGAGGACACGGCGCAGGCCGCGGCGCUGGAGUGUCAGCAGCUGGCGGCCGCUGUGCGCCGUGCGGAUGAGCAGGAUGCGCGCGCGCGGCGGUCGCUGGCGCACAGGGCCUUUCACCUGAAGACGGCGCUGCUGGACGCGUCGUCGCGGCUGAGGGGGGCGGGAGAUGCAGACAGGAAGGAGUACAGGGAGGCCGAGUGGCGCCUGCGCGAGCGCGAGCGCGCCCUGGCGUCUGACCGGGCAGCGCUGCUGGAGGCGCGCGAGGAGGGCGACGCGCGCGACGCGUUGUUGGAAAGCUUCAUGCUGCGGGUGCACGCGGCAGAGGCGGAGCUCGCAAGGGCCCGCGCCGCACUGCAGUCAGCGCAGCAGGGGCCUCAGCAGCAGGACGCGACCCGGCAACCGGCGCAGCAGCCAGCGCUGCGUCGACAGGGUUGA